AUGCGGCUGCUCCCUGCUUCCGCGGCGCGCCGCCUGCCCCGGGCCGCCGCCGCCGCGUCCUCGGCUUUCGGGCAGCGGCCGUCGAGGCCCUGCCAUGCCCCCGGGGGUAGCCGCGGCAGCGGCGCCCGAAGUACGCCCGGCGCCGGCCGGCCGCGGCGGCUCAUCUCCACGCCCAUCUUCUACGUGAACGGCCCGCCGCACAUCGGGCACCUCUACUCGGCGCUGCUGGCCGACGCGCUGCACCGGCACCGGGAGCUGCUGCUGGGCCACGGAGGCGGGCGCUUUGCCACCGGGACUGAUGAGCAUGGUUUGAAGAUCCAAAUGGCAGCAGUGGCAGCAGGCACAUCUCCUGAACAGUUCUGCAACCACAUCUCGGCCAAAUUCCAGGAGCUCUUCACCCAGGCGGGCAUCAGCUAUACCGAUUUCAUCCGUACCACGGAGCCACGGCACAAGCAGGCUGUGGAACACUUCUGGGCCACUCUACAGGAUCGGGGCUGGCUCUACCAGGCUCAGUACAAAGGCUGGUACUGCACAGCCGAGGAGAGCUUCUUAACCGCUUCCCAGGUCACAGAGCAUCAAGAUGCCCAAGGCCGUAAGCAGGUGGUCUCACUGGAGAGCGGUCACCAGGCGCACUGGACAACAGAGGAGAACUACAUGUUCAGGCUGUCUGCGUUCCAGGAACCAUUGCUGCGAUGGUUUCAGAAGAGGAAGACCGCCAUAGCCCCCGAGCCCUUCCAUCAGCAGGUUCUUCAGUGGCUUGAGCAGGACCUGCCUGACCUCUCAGUGUCGCGUGACCGGAACCGGCUGUGGUGGGGCAUCCCCGUACCUGGCGACCCGACCCAGACCAUCUAUGUUUGGGUGGAUGCCCUCGUCAACUACCUGACCGUCCUGGGGUAUCCGAAUGGGCAUCGUGCUUGCUGGCCGGCAGCGUGCCACCUCGUGGGCAAAGACAUCCUCAAGUUCCAUGCCGUCUACUGGCCGGCCCUGUUAAUGGCUGUUGGGCUGGACCCUCCCGAGCAAAUCUUGGUUCACUCGCAUUGGACAGUGCAGGGGCAGAAGAUGUCCAAGAGCGUGGGCAAUGUGGUAGACCCCGGGGCCUGUUUCCAGCGCUACUCGGUGGAUGGCUUCCGGUACUUCCUCCUCAGGCAAGGGGUCCCUGAGCACGAUGGGGACUACUAUGACGAGAAGGCUGUCAAGCUGAUCAAUUCGGAGCUGGCAGACGCCUUGGGGGGGCUCCUCAACCGGUGCACGGCCCGCAGCCUGAACCCCAGUGGUAUCUAUCCAGGCUUCUCAGAGGCAUGCUUCCCCAGGGACAGCAGAGGCUCUGGCAAGGCUUCAGAUGAGGACUACAAGCUGGUGGCCAUGGUGGAAGCCUUGCCUGGGCAGGUGAGCCACCACUUCGAGCACUUCCAGAUCUACAAGGCUUUGGAGGCCAUCAUGGACUGCGUAAGGCACACCAAUGGCUUUGUCCAGAGACAUGCGCCCUGGAAACUGAGCCCUGAGGAUCUGGGGCAGCUGCAGUGGCGAGACACCAUCCUCCACAUUACUCUGGAAUGUCUUCGGGUUUAUGGGACCCUCCUGCAGCCGGUGAUCCCUGCCAUAGCCGAUAAGCUCCUUACCAGGCUGGGGGUUUGUGCACAGUGGCUCCACAUCAUCAGACACAUGAAGUAUCACCAAGAAUUUCAGAUCUGAUGAAAUAAGCUAUCAUCCAUGAAAGCUUUUGCCAGAAUUAACAUGGUAUGUUACAGUUUCCCUUGGAGAGUUAAUGUGUCAACAGCUUUUAUAGAAAGAAAGUUUCCUUUUGGGUGUGAGGGUAAACAACCUGGAGCAGCCAUGCUAUUUCAGCUGCUCAUCCAAUGCAUGGAAAGUUUUGCUGCUUUGGAAAGGAACAGCUCCGUUGAACAGCUCCCUGCUUGUUUUCUUCUUUGCACCUGCAGGGGUAAAUGCGCUGUGGGCUUCCUUAUAUGCAGCUGCACAGUUCUGUGUUAUUGCCUUGGAUUGAAGCAACAGGGUAGUAGGGACCCCUUCACAAGUGCACGGUAUUCAACGCCAAAGUGACCACUACAUUAUUGUAGCAAGAACAAUUCAGAAUCAAAACGUUUUAGAAUUGGAAGGAACCUUGGAGGUAAUCUAGUCACUCUCCCCCCUGCAAAAUACAAGAAUCUUGUGGCACUUUA